AUGAAGGGGGUUUCUCUCAUCCUGGUUGCUGUCAGCAUAUUGGUCCAGAGCAUUUCUGCGCUCACGGUAGAAAAAGGGAAUAGCAGCCCGGUCGGUGCCGGUGUCUCGGAUAAUAACCCCACUCCCAUUCCAAUCGAAAGUGACAACGAAGGCAGCGUCACAUGCAAUGAAUGCAUCAAAGAUGCGGGAAUAUGUUGUCCAGUCCAAUGUCAGAGCGACGGCAAAUGUCCGAGCAUAGCGGUGGAGAACGCAGGAUGGCUUAUCGACGGUAUCAAGAUCACCAGCAAUUCAAAGAAACAUUGA